CCAAUUUGUCAGUUGACAUAAAUUUGCUUGUAAGUAGAGAUUGUCAAUUCAUAGACAAUUCAACACACACAAUUCCAUUAUUAUUUUGGAGUGAUGAUACCCUCCAUAUCACAAUUCACAACAAUGAGAUUCGUACUUUUGAACAACAAAUCGUCACAUACUUCUAACCAUCAAGGAAGGUAAAUUACUCAAGCGGUUUGGCCAUCUUCAAACUUUUACCAUAUGUUUUACUAAACCGCCCUACUUUAAUACUCACAUCACUCCCACCAUAUAUAUACAGUGAAGAAAAAAGUUGGAAUUUGUUAAAGACAAGAGUUGAGGGGGAAAAAAGAGGAACAAGAUUAGGAAGGAAAGUUAUUUAUAAGUGUUGGAUGUGGAGAGAGAAAGAGUUUGGACUCAAAACCCCAAAAACAACCAGCAGAGGAGGAAGAGGAGGAGGAUUCCUCAACUCCCCAAGUCCCAACAAACCCACACUUCUGAACUCCUACCACAACAACAACAAGAAUCCUUCCCUUACACUCAGAGAAGGCAGAGAGGUUUUGGGUUUCUGUGUUUCACAUACACAACAAGAGACAAAGCUGGUUAGGGUUUUUAUUAUUACAGAUUGAGUGGAGCAAGCAAGCAAGCCAGCCAAAUACUAUAUUAUAGCUAGCUAAGAGGAUGAGCAAGUGGCAGCUGGGUUUCUCCCUCAACCCACACCUCCAAAUCCAAGACUAUCAUCAUCAUCAUCAUCAUCAUGAUGGAGGCUAUGGUGGUGAUGAUGAUGGUCACCACCAUCAGGAACUCCCACUUUCUGCCGCUUUCUCUUCUUCAUCGCCGUCUUCUUCUUCUUCCUCUGCGGAUCACAUGACCAUGAUGCACCACCAUCACAUUCUGCCGCCUCUCCACUCCUCCGCCGCCGCCGAUCUUCCUCCCUUUUCCGGAGGAGGAGGAGAAGGGAUGGCCAGAAAUCCUGAUCAGGAAGCAGAAGGCGAGAGUCCUAAACUCGAAGAUUUCUUUAGCACCACCGCUACAGGGAACACCACCGUCAACAACAUUCCACCGUCACAAUCCCUCAUCCACGCUGGUGGCAACAGCCAAAUCAUCUACCCGGCCACCGCUAAUUACCAUUUCGAUGCCAGCGGCGGAGGCGGCGGUUCUUCGCCACCGUCAACUUCGCUGGCCGGGCUCAAGGCAUGGCUGAGACAGCAGCAGCAGCAGAUUAGCGACGAUCUUCAGCAGCAUAAUAAUCAGACUUUGUCUCUGACGAUGAGCCCAAUGAUUAGCUCCCAGAUUAGUAACAUUAAUUACGGUAUUAAUGGUAAUGUGAAUGGGCUAAUGAUGGCGGCUGGUCAGCAGCAACAAAACAACAACAAUCUUAUCCUUCACGGGAAGGGUAAUAGCAACGGUGACGGUAAAAGUGGUAAGAGGGGUGGAGGUGGGAAGUCUGUUGAUACUUUUGGGCAAAGGACUUCUCAGUUCCGAGGUGUCACCAGGCAUAGAUGGACUGGGAGAUAUGAGGCACAUUUGUGGGACAACAGUUGCAGGAAGGAAGGUCAAACUAGGAAAGGAAGGCAAGUUUAUCUUGGUGGUUAUGACAAGGAAGAGAAGGCAGCAAGAGCCUAUGACUUGGCUGCCUUAAAGUAUUGGGGUCCUACUACUCACAUUAAUUUCCCAUUGAGCAUUUAUGAGAAGGAGCUCGAGGAGAUGAAGCACAUGACUAGGCAAGAAUUUGUUGCUAAUUUGAGAAGGAAAAGCAGUGGUUUCUCAAGAGGAGCGUCAAUGUACAGAGGAGUGACAAGGCACCAUCAACAUGGCCGGUGGCAAGCUAGAAUCGGAAGGGUUGCUGGGAACAAAGACUUGUACCUCGGCACAUUUAGCACCCAAGAGGAAGCGGCCGAGGCAUACGACAUAGCUGCAAUCAAAUUCAGAGGGACGAGCGCUGUCACUAAUUUCGACAUAAGUAGGUACGACGUGAAGAGAAUCUGCUCUAGCUCUACAUUGAUCGCCGGCGAUCUUGCCAAACGGGCUUCUCCUCCUCCUCUUCCCACCACCGGUCCACCGUUCAUGGCAUUGGAGGACUACAACUCGAGGAGCUCGUCAGAGGAGUUGCACUCCGCCGAUAUGGCCGCAUGGAAUCAUCACAACGGAUCGAGUAGUACUACAUCAUCUGGCCAUCCUUGUCAGCAAAGUGAUGUGGCAGCCGCCGCUGCUGAGCUGGCGGCUAAUGGCGCGAGGUGCUUAGACUUGGUUGAUCAUGAUCAUCAGAACCGUAUUCACCAUCAAGCUCCAAUGUUCACUUUGUGGAAUCAGCAAUGAACGGUAGAGGUUUAUAAGAACCUUUAGGUCGUCAAAUGGUAGUUAGGGCAAAGGAGGAUACGAGGAUGAUAGUGACAGCAAGUUGAUGAUCACAAUCUUUAGGUUGGAAUGUUUUAGCUAAGCUCUAUGAAUGAUGAUAUAGUGUUUUUAUUUUUAAGAUUAUAUUAUCGAUGCUUAGGGCUUCAUUUUGGUACUGAAUCAUUGAUGCUUUUUGAAGGCCGUUUAUAUAUAUAUAUUGUUGUUAUAUAUAGUAUGAGGGAAUUGAAUAUGAUAUGUAUUUUUGCUAGUGGUUUACAGAGAUUCUUGGCCUUUUUCUAUCUGUCGUGUGGAAUUGUUUUCAGAAAAUAAUACAGGGAGAAGACAAGACAAAACAAUGAACCAACCAUAUUGCAUGCAGCCCCUUUACAUCUCGUUCAGAAUGGUGAGUGACCACCUUUGCAUGGGCUACACGACACUAUUUUAUUUUAUUUUGCUUUUUCAAAUUUAACAUGUCACUGAAUUUGCCACUCUACUUGACUGUGGUUUGAGUUUGCAAUCCCAGUUCGAUUCGAACAGGAUAUCAUUAUAAGAAAGAAUUCUUUGGUAGUUACUCGCAUGGUUGCAAGAUCAAAUUGUCUCUCUUUCACGAACUUAUCGAGUAUUCACGAGAAUAAAAUAGAUACAUACGCAUAUCUUGUUCGCUCUUCAAGCACGAGAGUUCGACGAGUUUGCAACACAUUAUACACCAUCACAUUGCGGGGGCGUGUUCUUCAAGAUUGGCGUAUUUUGGUCAAGAUUGAUGUUGUUCUUCACACCAUCAUCUUGCGGGGGCGUGUUAGAGAUAGAUUAGGAAUAAUCUUAUAUUUCCUUGUCCUUAUAGUCUAGUUCUUAGUAUUACCGUGUCCUUUUAGUAUUGUGGUUCUCUUACUUAUUGUCCAAGUCUUGUAAUCUAUAUAAACCCCUUUAUGGUUUCAUAAUAAUACACACUACUAUUCCUAAAACUCCUAUAGAACUUACAUUCCGUCAUUCCUCACAUAUACAUACGCAUAUGUUGUCCGAUACAGUAUCACAUUUUGGCUGUCGGACUGAAAGGAAAGUUGAUUAAUAUUCACAAAGGGAGCCCUAGUAGUAUUAUGACUCCUGCUCUAGGCUAGAAUAGAUCAUAUAGGUAACUGUGAAAGGGAAUACGUCAGGUAAUGUAAAAGUCAAAACAGCCAUGGUCAAACCCAUUUGACUACUCUGUUAGAUAAAGAGACUAUUCAAUUGAAUAAGGAUGUUGUUUGUUUGUCUGGUAAAAAAUGGAGCAAGCAGUGCAGGCUGCCUUAAAUAUCGUGCCAUUGCUUGCCCUUUUAUUUCUUUGUUUUAGUUACAGUUAAUACUGCCUGCCUCUAUCUAUUAUUAUCUCUCUCUGAUGGGCUGAUGGCAAUGCACAGUCAUUCUUGUCUUAUAGCAAAUAAUUUAAGGCAAAAUCU